AGGAGCUUUAACGUGAAACCUAAAACCGGGAGCCCCCGUGGAGUGGCCCGCACAGUGACGGACUGCUCAGCAUCAGGUCACACAACCCAACUUCAGCGCUGACUGAUGCGCCCAGACUUCAAACUCUUCUGAGAAUCACAAGGUUCUGCAAGAAACUCCCUGAAGAGGAAACAGAAAACCAUGAUGAUUAAGCCAUAUGUGAGACUAGCAGAGGGAGAGGACGUCAUCAGCCCACUGCAGUGGAUGGAUGGAGAGGUGAGCUCACCUGAUGGGAGCACCUUGGCACCACCACACCAUUAUGGAGCAGGGGGGACAUGCCAGCAGACCAGAGAGAUGGGAAGUGAAGAUGGAGAGGAGGAUGAGGGGGAUGGGGAGGAAGGACAGGAGGAUGAAAGUGAAUCCAGGAGACGUGGGCCAAAGAAAAAGCGAAUGACCAAAGCCAGGCAGGAGCGUUUCCGCGCCAGACGUAUAAAAGCAAACGCCCGGGAACGCUCCAGGAUGCAUGGCCUAAAUGAUGCUCUGGAGAACCUGCGCAGCAUCAUGCCUUGUCAUUCCAAAACCCAGAAACUGUCCAAGAUUGAGACACUGAGACUUGCCCGCAACUAUAUAUGCGCCUUGUCUGAGGCCCUGGAGGGAGGGCUUUCCACUGAGAGCAGGGCUUUCAUGGAGACACUGUGUAAGGGGCUGUCUCAGCCCACAACCAACUUGGUUUCUGGAUGUUUACAGAUAGGAUCAGGUACUGGAGCUGGGAUGAGACCCGAGGAAAGGCUUGGAGUUCAUCCACCGUCCAAUCCUCUGGGUGGAAUAGGAUACACUUCUCCAGGCCUGCCAAGCCCGCCUUAUGGCACCUAUGACACUGCUCACAUGCUUCACCUGAGAGCAGUGAAAGGAAGACAGACUGAGAAUCACUCUCCACUCGAGUAUAAUUCUGGGAGUGUGGGAACCCCUCCAUAUGACGGUCCCCCUACACCACCUCUAAGCAUCAGCAGCAACAUGGUGCGCAAACAGGAGCCUUCCCCAAACUACCCACCCACUCCGCACCAGUACUCCCCCUCCCACGUAGACCAGGUUCUCUAUCCGACUCAGACCGGCUAUGAUGUUCAUUUAGAGGGUCCAUACGAUUCCUACCAUCCACCACACAUCAUACCCAGACAGAUAACCUCAGUCUACAGAGACUGAAAUGAAUUAAGCCAUUUAAGAUGUCACGUCAACAUAACUGAGUCCAAAUAAUGAAUCCCUGAUGACCCCUUGAUCUGGUUUUAAGACUUAAGGAUCUUCUAACAAAGAACUGCAAGGAAAACGGUAGACUUUUAUAAACAUAAGGUGUUCCAGUAGAUUAGCACCGCUGAGUGUUGUUAUUGUAUAAUUAGAAAAUACUUGACUGAAACCAGUACAGUUUCUUCCUAUUUGAUUACCAAAAGAUUAAAGAACUAUUCAGGUUAUCGCAGCUGUUGCUUUUACCAUUUUGACCAGAUGAUCUGUUUCUGUUAGUCAGCACUUCUAAUUUUUGCUCUGGCAAUAUGAGAUCUCCUGCAUAAAGUACUUUUAUUUAUUCUUUAAUUUAAAACAGUGUACAUAGUUUGUUUUUUUUACUUGCAUAUGUUUCUGUCAAUGUUUUUAACUGUUUUCUUAGCUGAUCCCUUAAAGCUUUUCUUGUGUCCAGUUUCCGUUCUUGUGUUUCAUUUAAUGUUUUGCACUGAAAAACACAUCAAGAGAUUGAUUUGUAAACAAUGACUUACUUGAUUUUUUUGUGGAUAUCAAAAGAAGGAAACCAAAACGUUCUCAGCUUGACAAAGUCGCCAUAUUUGUGUUGAAUUUGUAUGUAGUAGACUUAUUUACUUUUGCUUAUUCUUUGAAAUAAU